AUGUCUGAACAAACUAUUAAAAUCGGUAUUAUUGGUACAGGUAUUUUUGCUCAUCGUCAUAACAGAGCUUAUCAAGCUGUUGGUGGUAAGAAGUUUGAGAUUGUUGCGUGUGCAAACAGAUCCAAGGAUAAGGCUUUAGCUUUUGCUAAAGAGGUCGGUAUUCCUGAAUCUGCUGUUUAUACCAGCCCCCUCGACCUUAUCAACGAUCCCAACGUUGAUGCCGUUGAUAUUCUUCUUCCUGUCCAAUUCAAUUUAGAGAUUAUCCAAGCAGCUGUGGCAGCAAACAAACACGUCAUGUUCGAGAAGCCUAUUGCCGCCAAUCUUAAAGAUGCUCGUGAAAUUGUUAAGGUCGCUCAAAAAGCAAAGACGGUUGUUGCUGUCAAUGAAAAUUGGGCAUAUCACCCUUUAGCUUAUGCAGUAGCUGAAUAUGUUAAAAACGGCGGUAUCGGGGAACUUGUCAACUUCACCUAUGAUUCAUCUCGUCCCUACAGUCCCAAUUCCCCAUACCAUAACACGAAGUGGCGUCAAAACCCUGAACAUCCUGGUGGUUAUCUUAGUGAUGGAUGUGUUCAUGAUAUGGCUCACUUGAUUCCCAUUCUCGGAAAUAUUGAAAAGGUUGGUGCUUUUGCUACCAAGAGACACACAAUCCAUGUCUGUGAGGAUACAUUGGCAACUACAGUCAAGCUUGCAAAUGGAGCCGUUGGUACUGCUAACUUCACUUUUGUAAGUAAAAAAAAUCACACAUUGUUUUCAUCGUACUGA